AUGGAAAUCAGACGAUUAAAGCGAGACCUUGAAGCCCUGAUUGGUGAAUACAUUGGACAAAAACUCAAGGAAAAUGGUUUUGAUCCUAAGGGCAGAGGUACAUCAAUGUUGGAUGAUCUGGCUCAUUAUGAUUUAGCUGUCGGUGUGGCUUUAUGGUGGCUGGAAAAAGAAGAUGUAAAAAGUCCAGUUGCGAAUGAACUUAUAGGCGUCAUUACUCCUGGACUUAGUCAGUAUCCUAAUCGACAGGAAAGAGAGGCUAUGAUCCUUUCUUCCUUUGCAGGGAUGCUUUUGAAAAGUUUACCUGUAGAAGAUAUCCUGUCUCUGUAUAGCUGCAAACCAUCUGCUUCACGCCAUCAUCAAGACACUAAAAGCAACAUUGUUCACCCAUUCUCCUUAUCCUAUCACCCAUUUGCCAUGCUCAGUUCAUAUAAGGCAGUAGAUCAUUCAAAAAAGCACACACAAACACUGAAACGCUGGAACACUGAACGUAAUAAAGGAGCAUCUACACGACUGGAGAAGAAGAAGGAACCCUCUGUCACCCCUUCCUCUUCAUCGUCCUCUUACAGUGACAGUGAAGAUUCCCUGAAAGAACAAUCAAAACACUAUGAAGGUUCUCAGGAAUCUCUGCAGGACUGAAGGCUAUCCAACAAGCGGC